AUGAAGAUAGUAACGAAACGUACGAACAACGAAGUCGAAUUAGCAUUAUGGCAAUUAUUUGCACUUAUUAUGGCUGCUUUGGCUUGUUUAGUUGCUAUGGCACCAUUAAUUAGUCGAUAUCGAGCAGUUAAAUGUGAUAUUAUAUAUGUAGAUAAUACCAAUCAACCUCCAUCUAACAAUUCAGAGAUUUUAACAGAUUAUCGUAGAAGAUAUGUUCGAGAUGUUGAUGAUCGUGCUCAAUGUGGUGUUGUUCCACCAAUGUGCAUUGCUACAACAACAGUAUCAACUAUGCCAACUGCUUCUCCUAUAACAACAACACGAAGUACACAAAGUACAGUAUCUGUAACACGACCAGUAAUUACUACUAAUCCUACAACACCACGAACAACAACACCAGAUCCAUGGGCUAAUCUUACUAAGCCUUAUGACUCCUGGCGUUUACCAACAUUUGCUGUACCUAUUGAUUAUACAUUACGUGUUUCUUGUCCUGAUUGUUUUAAUCUGACAUCACCUCAAUCUACAAUCACAUUCAAUGGACAAGUAUCUAUUCGUAUUAAUAUUGUAAAUGCAACAACAUUUCUUGUUCUUCAUGCUAAAAAUUUAAAUAUAACUCAAGCACAAUUAACAGCUGGUGGUACAGGAGCAGCAACAGUAACAUAUUUACCAGAAUACGAAAUGAUUUAUCUAUCAUUUUCUUCAACUAUUGCUGUUGGUGAAAUUACUCUUCAAAUUGUUUAUAAUGGAAAAAUUAAUGAACGAGAUCAAACAGGAUUUUAUCGUGAACAAUUUUGGAAAUCAAUCGAUGAAAUACGCUAUUUAAUAGCUGCAAAUUUUCAACCAAUUCACGCACGAAAAGCUUUUCCAUGUUUUGAUGAACCAAAUAUGAUAGCAACAUUUACUUUAACACUUGAUCAUCCACAAAAUUCAACUGUAUUAUCCAUUACUGAUGUACAAACUCAAACACCUUCGAUGACAACAUUUCUUCCAACACCAUCUAUUAGUCCAGAUUCACUUUCUUGGGCUAUUUUACCUAUAGAUGGAUUUAAAUUAGUAACAAAAACUUUUUCUCCAACGGAAGUUAAUAUUUGGGUUCGACCAGAAUUAACUGGACCAGCAGAUGCGAAUUUAGAUAAGACAUUUGAACUUGUUGAAAAAACACUUACAUUUGUUCAAGAUUAUUUGAAUAUAGCAAAUGGAGAUUUACCAAAUAAAAUUGAUUUGAUUGGUAUACCUGAUUUAACUCUCGAUGAAAAAGCAUCAGCAUCACGAGGUCUUUUAACAUUCCGUGAGGAAAUACUAACUACAGACGCAAGUUUAAAUUCUGCUCAAGAGAUACAAACAACAGCAAAAAUAAUUGUUGAACAUAUUUUACAACCUUGGUUUUCAACAACUGAUUGGUGGGAUAAUAUAUGGUUUGAUAAAUCCUUAUCAUCUUUUCUUGCUUAUAAAAUGAUCGAUGCAAAUUAUCCAUCAUAUAACUUAAUGGAACAAUUUCCAAUUCGAGAAAUGGUUCCAUUAAUGAUGGAUGAUUUUAAACCAAGUAUGUGGCCAAUAUCAAAUCACAAUCUAACAAAUAACGAAGAAAUUCUUGAUUAUUUAUCGACACAUAUUUAUAGUAAAGGUGCAUCACUUCUUCGUCUAAUGGAAUAUAUGGUUGGUAAUGAUACAUUUCAAACAGCUGUUAGAAGUAUUUUUAACGAAACUGAUGUAUCAAAUAUAUUAAAUACAUUUUAUUCAAAUUUGGUUUUGCCUGCAGCAUUAAAUACAGCAAUAACUGCUGAAGAUUUUUUUCAUUCAUGGCUUGAUGAAAGAAAUUAUCCAAUAGUAACAGUUGAUUUUAUCCCAGGUAAUGGUACAGAAAAUAAGACUACAAUCACUUUUUUUCAAGCACGUUAUUUUGGUUCAUUUGCAUUGGAUAGCAGUUCAUUAGAUCCAAAUUAUAAAUGGAAAAUUUAUAUGGAAUGUGAUUUAGGUGGUUCAAAAGAUGGAGAUAUUUGGAAUUUAACUGAUAACUAUGCUCCAAAAAAAAUAAAUUUUAUAUUUGAUUCAUCAACUGAAACUUUUGCAUUCGAAGAAGAAUAUUUAUGGAUUAAAUGUAAUAAAGAUUUUUAUUCAUUUCAAGUUACAGAAUAUGUAUACAAGGGAGGUGAUCCACAUACAUUAUGGCAAGCAUUUGAAUUAAUAUUCCGAGAUAGUAUCUUCUCUUCUAAUGAUAGAGCUAAUUUACUUAAUGAUGCAUUCAUCCUUCCUCAUGGUGGUGAAAUUGUAUCUUAUGAUCAAACAAUUAAUCUUGCACGAGAAUUAUUUACUCCAACAGGGAAUUAUAUACCUUGGUCUGUAUUUGUAUGGCAUUGGAAUUAUUUAGUGGAUGUCGAAGAACAUUCGAAAUAUUUUUAUAAUUUUAAGCAAUUUGCAACACGACUCACUCUGGCUCCUUUUAGUUUUAAUAUUGAUAGUAUUGUAACUAAUGAAGCAAAUCAUGAAGACAGAUUACUCCAUUCAAUGUUUUUUGAAUUACUUUGUCGUAUUCAAAAUCCUGAUGCAUUAAAUAAAGCGACUGAACUGUAUCAACUUAUUCCAGCAAGUUAUUUUUAUAAUUCAACCGGUGUUACAAAUGUUAAUGCUGAUUAUUUAUCAACAGCCAUUUAUUAUCAUAUGCAAAAUACAAAUGUUAUGGAUGAAUGGGAUCAUUUAUGGGCGCUUAUGACUGAUAAUGAAUAUAUUACAGCACAACAACGAAAUACUAUUCUUCGAGCUCUUGGUGCAUCUAAAGAAACGUGGCGUCUUAAAUUAUUGUUGGAAACUGCUUUUGAUGCCGAAGCAGAUAUAAUUGAUACACAAGAAUUUUUUGAUUUAAUUAUAUCAAUGAGUCAAAAUCCUAUUGGACGUGAUAUUGUCUGGAAUUUCUAUCGACAUAAUUAUCGAACCUUACUUCAAAGAUAUGGCGAAACAAAUCGUUUAUUUAACCAAUUGAUCGUAAAUAUUGUUCAAUCAUUUGAAAAUGAAUAUUAUUACUUCCAGAUGGUUAAUUUUAUUAAUCAAUAUCCAAGUGCAUCAAAAAGUCAACAAUUAGCUAAAGAUCAAAUUCUAAUGAAUUUUGAAUGGAUUAUCGAUGGUAUGGCUGAAUCUCUUGACGAUGCUAUAUCAGCUGGUGAUAAAUUAAAUUCCAAACAAUAA